AUCCGUAGUCUCCGUGUUUGGAGGAGGCCCCAGGGUAGCCAGACAGCAGCAGACAGCAGCCCGCACGAAUGCAGAGAACCUUCUGUGCUCUUCACACAGCUCAACCUAAUUGACAGGUAUUUGGGGUGAGUGUGAACCAGAACCCCAAGAUACAUUUUGCUGCCGGCUUCUUGCCCUCUCUCCUUUUCCAGAACGUACAGUGUUAAGCUGUGAAAUGAGACUCCUCUCUGAUUGCUUUCUACCACUUGGCUCUCUUGCUACUAAAGCUCAGGCACCUUGGCGUGCGCGCUCGAGGGCGUUCCUCUGUCUCUGUCUCAUCUCCAUCUACAGAGUGACCUCACGUGCCUUUCUCAGCCCUUCCACAUCCAGCAGGAGCCUGGCUGAGCACCCCAGCUGGGCUGUGAAGAUGCCGAGAGGGGAGAGCAUUCUGGGUGUCCAGCGCUGGGGCACAGUGGGAUCCCACACUCCCUGUCCCUCCAGCCUGUUUCUCAUCACCUGAGGGUUUUGUUUUCCGUGUUCCGGUUGAAGAGAUGUCUGUGCCAGGAGGGUCCCUCCCUUCCCAUUUGCAACCUGGGAUGGGUGACGCAGAUUUAUCCGAGACUUGGGAGUGAGGCUGAGAGUCAGUUCUUUCGUAUCCUAAGAAAGGCUGACCGUCCCAUCAAGGCCCGUGUGCUGAAACUGUCCGUGUGCAGGCUCAGGUGGAGCAGGUCUCUGUCAGGCAGCCAUUUGUACUUGGGCGGUGGGUACUUUGCCUAGCUUAGUGCCCACCAUGCCCAGGCUUGCAAAUGGGGCUGUUUGGACUUUGAUGUGGGCUCAGGCUCAGAGGGCUGAAGUGGUUGUGGGGAGGGGCUUCUGGGGACUGUGUCCAUGUCUCGUUGUCGUUUUUCCCCAUCACACCGUACACUCCCUUGAGGCCAGCCGUCCAUCACCAUUGAGUCAUAGUCGACAGUUUGAUUUACAGCCCGGGUGUCAAACAAAAUGAAAAGCACGUGAUGAAUGGAGGGAGCACGUGCUGUGGAGGGAGGGGUGCGCUCCGCUCCGCAGGUCAGGGGCUAAGCGGCCAUGCCGUGGCCUGUCUCUACAGGCACAUGCAUGCCCUGGAUUAUUUUUGGGGUGCUUUUCUCAUCUUGAGGAGUGGCAGAUUUUUUGGACUAAGGACAAAGUGACAGAAUUGGACUGAGAAAGGUUCAUGGGGGAGGGCUCGCUGAGCCAGCCCUGAUUAGGAGCAUUGCUCACAAAACCAGAGGAAGGACGACAUCCUGGGACCUUCUGAUCCCAGGACAGCCGAGGAGACCUCAAACAGUGGAGUGUGAUGGGGCGGGCCACCAUGGAGGUGAGGUGGAGACUUUGGGAAUCUGCAGGAAAUGCUGCUAAAGAGCAGAAGGGGUGGUGUUCAUUGAGCACCUACUGUGCGGAGCGUCUUGUGCCGGGUGCUGUCCAGAGCUGAGCACAGCCUCUUGAGGUUGAGUGUGUUCCAUUGCUAGAAAUGGGAAUCCUGACAUGGUCCAAGGUGAGGCCUGUCCUGCAUCCCAGCUGGGGUCCCGUUGCACACUUUGGCUCCACCAACACUUUCAAAAUGGGCAGUGCGAGAGAAUGGGCUUGUUUUUUUUUUUUCCUUUUGAAACCCCAUAAUGAGUGGUCUAAUUUUCAUAAUGCAGUUCCCAGGAAGCUUUACAAUAUAGUUAAGAAAUUGAGUCAGAAGCAAUGUGCAGGCCUUUGUUUUCACUUACCUUGGCUAAAUACUGAGAGACAUGAGGGCUGGGGCUUCUUAGGAUGCAGCUAAUCUGAAAAAGGCUGGGUUGGUUCAGACACUCGACGUCACUCUCCUGACUUCCUUUGGCGCGUUGCAUGGGUGCCCAAGCCUCCAAGCUCCAGGCCCGGAAAUUGGUGAGAGCACUCAGUGUGCAAGCAAGGGUGCACGGUGCACUCGGCCCCUUUGAUACCUGAAACGAUGUCUGGGCAGUUUUGCUAAUUGUUGCUGUGUGCUUGUGUGAUUUAGACGAAGGCUGCUUUAAAACCCAGCCAGACUUUGUGUUUGCUCUGUAACCAGUGCAUUCAGUGUGGCCUCCCACCCUUUGCGUUAGAUUAGCCAACUUGGUUACUUUGGGUUGAGGACGUUCGGGGGCAGGGGGUAGGGGGUUGAUGAGAGGAAAGACUUUUUUUUUUUUUUUUUUUUUUGAAAUGGAGUCUUGCUCUGUUGCCCAGGCUGGAAUGCAAUGGUUCUGUCUCGGCUCACUGCAAGCUGCACCUCCCGGGUUCACGCCAUUCUCCUGCCUCAGCCUCCCGAGUAGCUGGGAUUACAGGCACCCGCCACCACGCCCGGCUAAUUUUUGUAUUUUUAGUAGAGACGGGGUUUCGCCAUGUUGGCCAGGAUGGUCUCCAUCUCCUGACAUCAGGUGAUCCGCCCCACUCAGUCUCCCAAAGUGCUGGGAUUACAGGCAUGAGCCACGGCACCCGGCCCAAGAAAACUUUUUUAAUGGCACAAAUUCCACAACACUUAACUUGACAGAAGCAGACAAAAAUCCAACACAGGCUGUCCACAUUUAAAAGCAGGAAAUGGGUAUGCCAUAGGCCGAUUUUUCUGCCCUGUGUCUGCCAGAAAACCGUGUUACCCGCUAACUUCUGCAGCCUCCCUAGGGAAGCGCUCGCUGUGGGAGACAUAGAGGGCACUGUGGUGGCUCCGUCCUGGGAUGCAGCAGGCGCUGAAGAGCCUCCUGAGAUGUUAUUUCCGCUAUCACCUUCAGAGCUGCCCUGGCCCUUAGUGUUGGUGGAGGCAGGAUCAGGGAAUGGAAGCCCAGGCAGGUGCAGGACCCCCCUGGGGAAGCUGUUCCUUAAGUUCCUUCAGUUGGGAACUUAAGUUGCCUCCUGAGAAUGAGCUAUUCCCUGAGAAGGCCUUGAGACAGACCUGGCAGCCCACCAAGUGGGCAGGUGACAACACAGUUAAGAGGGACACACCAUUGAGCCAAAUAGCCCUCAUGUUACUGCAACCUUCAGACUCACUGAUCCCACCUGUUCUUCUUUUUCUAUAAAAGUGAGAAUUAGACCCCAGAGUCAUGUUUUCUCUCUCAUUUCAAGCAGUUUCCUGCAUGAUUAUUCCAAUGGGAACAUGAAAUGCUUGUUGGCAGUUUGUCCAAAGACUGCUCCGUCGGAGGGUACCCACUGAUCAUCCCCAUCCUGGCCUCUCUUCCCAGCUCUUCUGGAACUGUCUGGAUCCAUCUCUGGAAUUGUCUGGAUCUCUGUAGGUCUCUAUUGUUAAUUGACACCUUGUGUCGCACAGGGACUUCAGAAUUGGCUUUGGGUGGACAUCGCCUCUCUCCCUGACACAGCUAUGUUAUACAAUCAUCUUAUUUUUACUUGACAUAAUUUCUAUAGUGAGGGUUUUGGCAGAAUUAAAAAAUUAAGCCCGUGAGAUGUAUUACUCUAAUGGGCCCCAUCUCACUUUUAGUCAACAUGAGAAUUUUUAGGAAAAGCAGUCAUUUCUAAAAGACUGGAGUGUGGUGUGUGCGUGUGUGUGUGUGUGUGUGUGUGUGUGGUGUUUGUGUAACCAGAGUGUUUGGAAAAGUGAGUCCAGUUACAGGUGUUUUUACCUAGUGCAGGAAAACAUCUGUCAUAAUAUUUGUCAAAUCUCAGAGCCAAGGCUGUGCGAGUUUGGGUGGUUUCCAAGCAGAACAGGUUGAAAGUUGAUAGAAAUGGAAGCUGGGCCUCCUGGUUCAAUGGGAGGCUGAUGCUGCCCCAAAGCGCAUCUGCCCACAUCUGCCCUGCUCCUGCGAUCACCCCUUAGACACCAGCUCAAUAAUCUCUCUGAAGAAUCAUUACUGGUUUCUUAGGAGCUACCGGGUAAACAUUCUUCUGUAGAGCCCUGUUUACAUUUGAGAACUUGCUGAGCUGAAAACCAGAUAGCAAAGAAGCUGGUGAGUCAACAGAGCUACCUUACUCUGCUACAAAAAAGACUUGGCAUGGGGGAUUUUCCCGGAAUGCUCCAAGUUUAUCCACCCAUCUUUGAGGGGUGUGCAUGCACCAUGAGUGGGGUGGCAUAGUACUAACACCACAUAAGGUCAUGUUGUUCAUUACAACAAGGAGAGGAAAGAAAUUGGCAAGGUGGCUUAAUCCUGAGGCGUUGGCCGGGCGCAGUGGCUCAUGCCUGUAAUCCCAGCACCUUGGGAGGCUGAGGUGGGUGGAUCACCUGAGGUCAGGAGUUUGAGACCAGCCUGGCCAACAUGGUGAAGUAGAUAGAGUAGAGACAUAGUAGUCUCUACUAAAAAUAUAAAAAUUAGCUGGGUGUGGUGGUGCACACCUGUAAUCCCAGCUACUUGUGAGGCUGAGGCAGGAGAAUUGCUUGAACCCAGGAGGCGGAGACUGCAGUGAGCCGAGAUCGCGCCAUUGCACUCCAGCCUGAGAAACGAGCAAAACUCGGUCUCAAAAAAAAAAAAACUGUGUCUCAAAAAAAAAAAAUUUAAAGACUGGUAUUUCUCUUUAGAAGAUUCUAGUAGAGUGCUAGAUUGAGAGAGAUGUGAGUGAGGAACAGCACUCGGGUUUAAUGCUUGCAGGUAUGCAUGUUGUCUCAUUUUAAAGUGCUUUCAAUGUAUACAGCCUUUGUAGCUUCCUAAUCACCGGCUUUUAUUUUUGCUGUGAAUUCUUUGUCAUGGGAAUCCUGCAGUUGCAGGGCAGGAACCUACCGUGUUAGUCUGGGAUGUUGCUUCUCUGGGACUGUUCCAUAUGUUUAAGGAAAUGUCUUAAUACUUCGGGGCGCUCCUUUAUCUAAAUAACUGCUGUUCUUUGCAUUAUUGCGCCUGAAGUCCUUUGUGGACUCUGAAAGGUUAAUCCAUGUGAAUAUGGAAAAGCAUCUGCAGGAUCUAAGCCUGCUGGAAUUAGGCUUUUCAUCCUGACAUACCUAAAGGAAGAUGAGAUAUCCAGAUGCAGCCGCUUCCCAGUUUUGCUUUGCAGUGUAAGGUUUAGUCACCCAUCCUCCUGUUCCUGUGACUUCUGUUGCGGUCACUUUAAAUCCCAGAUUACACACGCCCUUCCCUGGCACUCCCCGGCCCCCCGGCAGCAUGAGCCCAUCUGUGUUUCACAGUAAUAAGGUAAAGAAUGCAUUUGGGCUUGAGCUCGGAAACCCGUUUGAUUCACAACCAAAGAGUCGUCUCAAAGCCAGAUCUCAGUAUUAUCAAAGCAUCAGGUUUCAGAGCUGGCCCUUUUUUGGGCUAGGCAUCCAUGGCCUAGGAUCACGUGUGGACCUUUUUCUGUUUAUCCACGUUUAAUUUGUGUUUAGCUGUGCCAUGGAUUAACGUUUCAUCGCGGUGGAUUAAGAGUGGACUGACAUUGAAGCAGCCUUAUUUUGCUUCUGUUACCUCUCAGGAAUCAGUGGCGGGGGUGGGAACAGCCCCUUCCAGAGGGGGAGGCAGGGUUCAUCCUAAAAGUACCCUGGUGCUUGGAAGAGGGAGUAUAAACGUGAGCGUCAGUGUGGAAGUAAAUCCCAGUUGCAGCUUGGGAGGGCUGGAUAGAGCAAGCCACCGGCUUCAUCAGUCUAACGAGAUGUCACAUGGAACAAAGCUUUAGGGGUUUUAUUUAGCUCCUAAUCCGCAUGCUGAGAGAGCCCUGGUCCAUGUGAGCACACCAGCCAGGAAGGGGGACCUGGCAGGCUGGGGACAGCCUCCUCUCUGGGACUGAGCUGUAAGGAACAGACCUCUCUGGCUAUCGUUGGGGAGUGAGGCAAAGUUACCGUGAGUCUUACGUUUUGUCUGCUAAGGUUUCGGAGGAUUAAUAAUUUAGGCCAUGCUUUGAAACAGAAAACCCCCAGUUGGUUGUCCCUGCCGUCUCGGAAGGGUUAGCACACAGCCAGGUCUGUUUUUGAUGUAUGUAAUGGAAGAUUUAUAAAGAAAAGCUUCUCCUCUGCCUCAUCCGCAGUCAUUUUUUUUCCAAUGCCAGUUCCCAGCAGGCAUAUAAAUAUUGGUCGUUCUCAGAGCUGGGAUGCUGCCGGGUGGUACGAGGGCCCCUGGGAGAACGCCGAGUCCCUGCGGCCUCUGGGGAGGAGAAGCUCCCUGACGUAUGGCACAGCAGAGGGGACUUGGUUUGAGCCAAACCACCGACCACAGGACGCUGCCCUGCCCGUGGCCGCCGAGCCCUACCUGUACCGGGAGGCCGUUUAUAACUCAGUGGCUGCAAGAAAGGGGUCUACUCCUGACUUCACCUUCUACGACAGCAGACAGGCAGUGAUGUCUGGUCGCAGCCCCCUGCUGCCACGGGAGUACUACAGUGAUCCGUCUGGAGCUGCUAGGGUACCCAAAGAGCCUCCCCUCUAUCGGGACCCAGGAGUCAGCCGGCCGGUCCCCAGCUACGGAGUGCUUGGCAGCAGAACGUCAUGGGAUCCAAUGCAAGGCCGGUCACCUGCCCUGCAGGACGCCGGUCACCUGUACCGGGAUCCUGGAGGUAAAAUGAUCCCUCAGGGGCGGCAGACACAGAGCAGGGCUGCAUCUCCCGGGCGGUAUGGACGGGAGCAGCCCGACACCAGGUAUGGGGCGGAGGUGCCUGCCUACCCCCUCAGCCAGGUCUUCAGCGACAUCAGCGAAAGACCCAUUGACCCUGCCCCUGCCAGACAGGUGGCCCCAACGUGCCUGGUUGUGGACCCCAGUUCAGCUGCUGCCCCCGAAGGCAGCACAGGGGUGGCCCCAGGGGCCCUGAAUCGUGGCUACGGGCCUGCCCGGGAAAGCAUCCCAUCCAAGAUGGCUUACGAGACUUACGAAGCUGACCUGUCCACCUUCCAGGGUCCUGGUGGCAAGAGGACCGUGCCCCCUGAGUUCCUGGCCUUUCUGCGGGCGGAGGGACUGGCAGAGGCCACGCUGGGAGCCCUACUGCAGCAGGGCUUUGACUCCCCGGCCGUCCUGGCUACCCUGGAGGACGCGGAUAUCAAGUCUGUCGCACCCAACCUGGGCCAGGCCCGUGUUCUGAGCCGCCUGGCCAAUAGCUGCAGGACCGAAAUGCAGCUGCGGAGGCAGGACCGGGGAGGCCCGCUGCCCCGGGCGCGGUCCAGCAGCUUCAGCCACCGAAGCGAACUGCUCCAUGGUGACUUGGCUUCUCUGGGCGCUGCGGCCCUGCAGCCCCAGCCUGCGGCUCCUCUGCAGACAGCAUCCCCCCGAGCUGGAGACCCAGCUCGCCGUCCCUCCAGCGCACCAUCUCAGCACCUCCUGGAGACGGCGGCCACCUAUUCUGCCCCUGGCGUGGGCACCCAUGCCCCACACUUCCCCUCCAACUCCGGGUACAGCUCUCCCACCCCUUGCGCCCUGACAGCGCGUCUGAGCCCCACGUACCCCCUGCAGGCAGGGGUGGCCUUGACUAACCCGGGCCCCUCAAACCCCCUUCACCCAGGCCCCAGAACAGCCUACUCCACAGCAUACACGGUGCCCAUGGAGCUGCUAAAGAGGGAGCGCAACGUGGCCGCCUCUCCGCUGCCCAGCCCUCACGGCAGCCCCCAGGUCUUGCGGAAGCCAGGUGCACCCCUGGGGCCAUCCACCCUGCCGCCGGCCAGCCAGAGCCUCCACACGCCUCACUCACCGUACCAGAAGGUGGCCCGGCGCACAGGGGCGCCCAUCAUCGUGUCCACCAUGCUUGCACCAGAACCAAGUAUCCGCCCCCAGAUCAUGAACGGCCCCCUGCACCCCCGCCCCCUGGUGGCGCUGCUGGACGGCCGCGACUGCACUGUGGAGAUGCCCAUCCUGAAGGACCUGGCCACCGUGGCCUUCUGUGACGCGCAGUCGACGCAGGAAAUCCACGAGAAGGUUCUAAACGAAGCUGUGGGCGCCAUGAUGUACCACACCAUCACCCUCACCAGGGAGGACCUGGAGAAGUUCAAGGCCCUGAGAGUGAUCGUGCGGAUAGGCAGUGGCUAUGACAACGUGGACAUCAAGGCUGCCGGCGAGCUCGGAAUUGCUGUGUGCAACAUCCCGUCUGCAGCCGUGGAAGAGACAGCGGACUCUACCAUCUGCCACAUCCUCAAUCUGUACCGGAGGAACACGUGGCUGUACCAGGCACUGCGGGAAGGCACGCGGGUUCAGAGCGUGGAGCAGAUCCGCGAGGUGGCCUCGGGAGCGGCCCGCAUCCGUGGGGAGACGCUGGGCCUCAUUGGCUUUGGUCGCACGGGGCAGGCGGUUGCAGUUCGAGCCAAGGCCUUUGGAUUCAGCGUCAUAUUUUAUGACCCCUACUUGCAGGAUGGGAUCGAGCGGUCCCUGGGCGUGCAGAGGGUCUACACCCUGCAGGAUUUGCUGUAUCAGAGCGACUGCGUCUCCUUGCACUGCAAUCUCAACGAACAUAACCACCACCUCAUCAAUGACUUUACCAUAAAGCAGAUGAGGCAGGGAGCAUUCCUUGUGAACGCAGCCCGUGGCGGCCUGGUGGACGAGAAAGCCUUAGCACAAGCCCUCAAGGAGGGCAGGAUACGAGGGGCAGCCCUCGACGUGCAUGAGUCAGAGCCCUUCAGCUUUGCUCAGGGUCCGUUGAAAGAUGCCCCGAAUCUCAUCUGCACUCCUCACACUGCCUGGUACAGUGAGCAGGCGUCACUGGAGAUGAGGGAGGCAGCUGCCACCGAGAUCCGCCGAGCCAUCACAGGUCGCAUCCCAGAAAGCUUAAGAAAUUGUGUGAACAAGGAAUUCUUUGUCACAUCAGCGCCUUGGUCAGUAAUAGACCAGCAAGCAAUUCAUCCUGAGCUCAAUGGUGCCACAUACAGAUAUCCGCCAGGCAUCGUGGGUGUGGCUCCAGGAGGACUUCCUGCAGCCAUGGAAGGGAUCAUCCCUGGAGGCAUCCCAGUGACUCACAACCUCCCGACAGUGGCACAUCCUUCCCAAGCGCCCUCUCCCAACCAGCCCACAAAACACGGGGACAAUCGAGAGCACCCCAACGAGCAAUAGCAGAGAAUGCCGGAAGGUAAUCACUCAGAUACACUUGGGACCAAGAGACAGUGAAAAAUAGAUGAACUAAGAGAAAAAGAAUCGGAUGGUCUUUGUAACUGAUUCUGGACAUAUGCAUCAUUGAUGUUGCAGUGUUGAAACUACAAGAGCUAGAAAACUGAAGAUGUCGUCUGCUUACGGAAGCGCUGAAAGACUAGGAUGUGAUUUAUUAACGACCAACUUCUGUUAUUGUGUGUUAAGUUUUUCAUCUGUGCAUCAAAUCACAAAAAGAAUAAAUAGAGCUUUUUCCUUUAUCAGUCCCUUGGGCACAGCAGGUCCUGAACACCCUGCUCUACAAUGUUGCAUCAAGAGUUCAAACAACAAAAUAAAAAAUAUUAAGAGGAAAUCCCCAUCCUGUGACUUGAGUCCCUUAAGUCUACAGGGGCUGGUGACCUCUUUUUGCUAAUAGGAAAAUCACAUUACUACAAAAUGGGGAGAAAACUGUUUGCCUGUGGUAGACACCUGCACGCGUAGGAUUGAAGACAGUACAGGCUGCUGUACAGAGAAGCGCCUCUCACAUCUGAACUGCAUACUGAGCGGGCAAGUUGGUUGUAAGUUCAGUAAAACCCUCUGAUGAUGCAAAAAAAAAAAAAAAAAAAAAGUAUUAAGUUUCACAAGCUGUUUGUACUCAAAUAUAUUUUCUCAGUUUCAGAUCCUCUGCUAUUUUAUUGAGUGGAAAGUCUUGAGCUAAAAGGGUUCAAGAAGAAUAAUGUUGCAUUUCCUUAUGUCUCAGGAAACACUUUUUAUGGUAACUUGUCAGAUUGUCUAUGAACAAACCCACUUUUUUAGACAUUGAUAAAGUCUUCUUUUCUUCACGUGAUAUUUUAUACAAGAACACUUCAGAUGUAUUAGAUGUGACUGAUUUUAACAAAUCCUAUUAGAUUUGUAUCAACUAGUUACAUGUUCUAUUCAUAGUCUUUUGUGAAUCAUUGCCUUUUUGUUUAAAAAGAUGGCCUAUUUUGAGCCUUUGUAUAGGUACAUUCCUGUUUUUGUGACAAAAGAAAAACUUUAAAAUUGUCCCAAACAGAAAAAUAAUGGCUAUCAGAAGUAUGUUUUGUUUUAGUGUGAGUUACCGUUACUGUAUUUGUUUAUUGUAAAGGUGGACAUUUAGCGUUCAGUGCAGUUUUCAAUAAAAAGUAAUUAAAAUUU